GCACGGCGAAAACUCAAGAAGCGGACCAUUAACCAUGCGUCCCGCAUUCUUGUUCCAGAUGGCUUUGCUGCCGAUUGUCGCUGCUUCUUGGACACCGCCGAAUCGUACCUGCGCUUCGCAUGCUUAUGGAACAAGCGACAACUUCACGGAAUUUGCCAUCAACUGGACCUCGUGUCUUCGACAGGAUAUCGGCAGCGCAUGCGUGACAUCGGCCAGUUCAACGCAUAUAAAAGAACAGCUUCAAAUCGGAUUCUUCAGUGGGCACGGCGAAAACUCAAGAAGCGGACCAUUAACCAUGCGUCCCGCAUUCUUGUUCCAGAUGGCUUUGCUGCCGAUUGUCGCUGCUUCUUGGACACCGCCGAAUCGUACCUGCGCUUCGCAUGCUUAUGGAACAAGCGACAACUUCACGGAAUUUGCCAUCAACUGGACCUCGUGUCUUCGACAGGAUAUCGGCAGCGCAUGCGUGACAUCGGCCAGUUCAACGCAUAUAAAAGAACAGCUUCAAAUCGGAUUCUUCAGUGGGCACGGCGAAAACUCAAGAAGCGGACCAUUAACCAUGCGUCCCGCAUUCUUGUUCCAGGUUAGUUUUGUAGGUUCAUACCGUAGUGAUGAAAGAGGUGUUGUUGUCGUGCCGUGCCCACGGACUUUGAUUGCUUUGGCGUACGAAUGCUUCGAUGUGUGCAAAUUGCUACUUUGUGGUGAUGUGGAAUUGAAUCCAGGCCCUACCAAUGCUGAAAUGCUCCAGACGCUGAUACAGGGCCAGCAGGCUAUUAGGGAUGAUUUAGCAGAGCUUAAAAACCGGUUGGAAGUUGCUGAGAAAAGUGUUAGCUCUUUCUCGACCCGAAUGACCAAAUUAGAAACAAAUGUAAGAGAAAUAGCCCGGAAAAUGGAUAAUUUUGAAACUCUUAACAAUUCGGUUGAAAAAAUUCAGCAAACACUCAUGUUGCAGCAGGAAAAGCUUACAGAGUUAGAAGACCGGAGUCGGAUGUCGAAUCUUGUUGUGUUUGGCAUAGAUGAGCGAGCGAAUGAAACGGAGAAUGUUCUACGGCAGAAAGUAAUAAAAGAGGUGUUCGAGGAUAGGCUCGGCGUAAAGUGCUUGUCUGUUGCUAGAAUUCACCGUUUGGGAAAACGUCCUGGAAAACGACCUGUAAUCCUGUUUUUUCAAAAUUAUACGGAAAAACAGGAAGUGCUGCGGAACUGCAAAAAGCUGAAGGGAACACAAAUUUCCGUACAAAAUGACUUUUCUGCUGACACGCUAAGAAAACGAAAACUGCUAUGGCAAAGCGCGAAAGUCGAAAAAGAGCAAGGCAAGAGGGUUGCGCUAGUGAAGGAUAAAUUGCGUGUUGAUUCACAGUUCUACGCAUGGGAUGAUGUUUCGAACACGCGUGUCGUUGUUCGUUCUGGGAAAGAUCCUACACAAACAGCGUAGCUUUCACAGUCUGCAUUUAAGAACCUGCGUGUGUUCUCUUUCAACGCAAGAAGCAUUGUGAACAAAGCGGAUAAGUUAGAACUAUUGCUUUUGACGUACGACCCUCAUGUGGUUGUUAUCACUGAGACUUGGUUGCAUGAUGGUGUACGAGAUGACGAAAUUAUUCCCCCCGGCUAUCAGAUGCACAGGCGUGAUCGAAGCACACGUGGUGGAGGAGUUGCAGUUAUUUGUAAACUUGGUAUUGAUGUAUGUUUGAUCAAUCAGAUUGCCGACCACGAAAGCCUGUUCCUCAACGUCACUGUAAAUGGUUUAACCUUUAUGCUUUGUGUUGUUUAUAAAGUCCCGGAAGUAUCAGAUUCUUUUCUUGAACAGCUCUACGACCAUCUCCUUUUAAACCGUACACGUCACAUCAUGAUUACAGGUGACUUCAACCUUCCAGCUAUUAAAUGGAAGAACUUAGCUUACGGGCAAUCUAAAUCGAGUGAUGUUGUUUUAGACGCAAUGUUGGCUCUGAACCUUGACCAAAUUGUCUGUGAACCUACGCGCAAUAGUGCUGUCUUGGACUUAUUUUUUGUAAGCGAUAUCUUUUUAAAUGGUGUUAUCACAGUUGAAAAAGGAGUGUCAGGUCACAGCCUAUUGUUUUUCUCUUGGCCUUAUCGAUGCUCUGUAGCGCGUUCGAGUACAAAUUCAGUGGACGUCAAAGAUUUUGAUCGCGCUGAUGAUACAUCAAUCACAGACUACUUAGAGAGUGUACUAAGCUACAGCACGCACGAUGAUGUCCACGCAUUAUGGAUGCGAUUUAAAAGUGCAGUCUGGUUCUCCAUUCAGCAGUUUGUCCCGUCCCGGAAGCUACGCAAGAACCGUAAACACCCAUGGAUAUCUCGGGAGAUUAUCCACAUUAAACGCAGAAUCAAGCGACUUAGAAAGCGUAAAAACGUAGCACCAGAAACCCUUCAUGUUUUGAAAAGCAAUAUGGCAACUAAAGUAAAUGAUGCUAGGACACAUUACUAUCAAGUCACUCUCCCUUCAUUCAUUAAAGAAGAUCCUGCUAAAUUCUGGAGAUUUCUGGCUCAAACCAAUGAAACAGUGAAUAAAAUUAAACUGGACGGGAAAUAUGAAACUGAUGGCUUUUUAAUAUCGCAGGCAUUUAAUAAAUAUUUUCACAGUGUCUUCACUUCUUCGACUGCUUAUGUACCCCUACCAGCUAUUCUUAACGAUGUGGACAGUCCUAUUGUCACAAGGGAAGGUGUUUUGAUUUUGCUAAGAAAACUGAGCACCAAAAAAAGUAUAGGACCAGACCAAAUCCCAAAUACAUUUUUAAAGCGCUAUUCUACACAGAUUAGUGAUUUCUUGGCAGAGGUAUUUAAUAAAUCAUUG